AUGUCAAUGAGUUGGACUACAGAUUAUCAAGGUGGCCAUAUUGGUUAUGUGUACCAAUUGGAUGAAAAGAAAUGUGAAUUACACAUUCAAAAUGUUACUGGUCCAAACACAGUUGACAAUCACAUCAUAGCAAUGUUUGACAAUCAAAUCAAGUUGAGUCCUUUUAUUGUAAAUGGACCUGCUCUGUUAGAAGAUCGUGAUAAAUGGUAUAGCAAUUCAAUAUUGUUGUAUAAAAGUUUCCCUUUGGGAACUAGAGAAUGGGUUUUAAUAAACUCUUCUCUUACCAUUGAACCAUUUUCAAAGAGAGACGAAUAUCUUUUUAGUCAAACCAUUUACUCUGGUGUAACCAAUGAUUUUACAAGAUGUAAUUCUAGAAAUAUUUAUAAAAGUUCAAUUUCAACAUCAAGUCAAUCACCAACAACCGAAAUACAAUCAACAAAAUAUAAUUUGUCCAAUUCUACCUUGAUGAUUGAUUCUUUGAUAAUGAAUGGAAAUGGUAAUGAUUUUGAAAUAUUUUCUGUAUGUGUCAAAGAAAAAAGAUAUAAUAAUAUAAUAUUUAUACUAUAUUUUUGUUUUCGAAAAAAGAAUGAAUCGUCACAUUUUAAAUUGAAUAAUAUUAUAUUUAAUGAAUUUAAUUUUAAAUAUUCUGGGUCUAGCCAAAGCGAUAAAAUCACUCUUAUUCCAAUUUUGAAAGAAUUCUAUAUUGAUGGAUCUAUAAUGUCUAUAUUAUCAAGUAUAAUUAAUUUUGGUGAUAGUAUGGAUAAUAAUCAUUUCCAAUCAUUACCUUUAAUUAUUCAAAAUUCUACAAUGUUGGGAUCAUUUACAUUGGCUGAUUCAAAAUCUGUAAACAUUUCAGACACUAUUAUUGGUAAUAUAAAUGAAUCAUCAAAAUCAACAUCAACAAUCAUUUUAAAACAAGAUUCUAUUCAAAUUCGAAAUAUUACCAUUCGUAUUCUUUUUACCAACCAAUCCAAUUCAGAAGUUUAUCUGUUCGGAAUCACUGCCAAUGAUUUUAUGAAACAUUCUAGAAUCCAAUUAUUCAUUGAUUGUUAUACAACCACUUCCAAUGUCAGUCUUCCCUAUCUCUACUUUUCAAACCAAACCAUGUACACAAAUUUUAAAUGGAGUAAUAUUGAAACCUUCCUUUUAAACUGUCAAUCAAGUUCACCAAAUCUUCAAUUAUUCCAUCUUUACAAUACUACAACCAACCAAUUAUCUUUACUUUUAAUUCCACCUUUAAAAGAUGAUAGUAGUGAUUAUGAUAAUAAUCACAACUAUUCAACAGAUACAAACAAUAGUACUGCUGAUAUCAGUGAAUCGAAAGAUAGAACAGAUGAUAGUUACUUUCCUCCUGGUUACUUGGCACCUAUUAUUCUUGGAGCAUUCUUAUCUAUUUAUAUUUCUACAACCAUGAUGAAAUAUGAACACACCUUUAGAUUUUACUCUACAUGUGUUUUAAUACCUAUACUACUCUUUCAAAUUCUAUUUGAUUUUGUAGUUGUACCUUAUUAUUAUCAACCGAGUAUAACUAUCAAGCAGACCAUCAAACAGAAUCUACUUUUAAACAAUCGUAGUGUAUCGUUUACACCAACAUUUCCAUCGAUCACUCCUCCGGCACUAGAUUACAAUGAAUUGAUUAGACACUAUUAUCAAGACCCCCCACCUCCACCAUUAUCAAAAAUACGUAUCAUUAGACCUGUACCAAUGUCCAUCAUUCAUAAAUUCCCAAUCUAUAGUCAAUCAUUGUAUUUUGGAUUAUCAAGAUUAUCAAAUAACUAUAUUGACAAUCAAGAACAAUACCAACAACGUUACAGUCAUCAUUUAAUAUCAAAUUCUGAAUCAAUAUCAAUUCCAACCUUUAAUUUAAAUGUUUUAAAGAUUCCAUACACUGUAGGACAUGUUGGAAUACUCUAUGAUUUAUUUAAUCAUGUAAAGUAUCAUAAUACUUUUAAUUCAACCAAAGCUGGUUGGUCUUGGAUAUCACAUACAGUGUUAAUAUUUUAUGGUAUCAUUUUAUACAUGUCAACUCUUUUCAUUCCAUUUUUAAGACAUGAUUUCCAAUCAUCACUACUUUGCAGUGACCGUAAUGGUCAAUUCCAACAUUUUUGUCAGACUCUAUCUGGGUCAUCAAAUAAUUAUCCAGGGUUCUUAUAA